AUGGCCGCAGCAGCAGCAAUGUCCCAGCUGCCACCUGAACAGCUCAAGUUCAUGCAGGAGGCUGCUAAGCGCCAGCGACCCGAAGGUACGAAGCAAUUUCAAGAACUACACUACAGUGACUCCUCGCGUCUCCGUAACCUCGUCGACGACAUCUUCGCCGACCAUGCCGCGCUUGACAAGAGAGCUUUGCCAAUCGAGGCGGGAGGCAACACCAAGUUCCUCAUCAUGGGUGCCGGGAUGGGCGGAAUCCUCAAUGCGAUCAAGCUCGUUCAGGCCGGCUUUAAGCAAGAUGAUAUUGUGAUGGUCGAGAUGGGGGGCGGAGUUGGUGGUACUUGGUACUGGAACAGAUACCCGGGCCUUCACUGCGACGUUGAGUCGUAUGUUUAUUUGCCAAUGCUUGAGGAAACAGGAUAUGUACCGAGCCACAAGUACACGAGUGCAGUAGAGAUUCGCAAUUACCUGGUCAAGCUAGUAGAGAAGUUUGGACUUGGAGACAGAAUCAUGUACCGCACGGAGGUAACCAGUCUUCAGUGGGAUGGUGGUAAGAAGAUUUGGAGGGUGGACAUGACAACAGGUAGAGGCAAUGGAGGAACGGAAAAGGCUACGCUUUCAGUGAACGCUGAUUUCUCCAUCUUAGCUGGUGGAAUAUUCCCGCAUCCACACGUACCGAAGAUCCCUGGACUGGCUGGAUUCGAAGGUGACAUGUUCCACACCUCGCGUUGGGACUACGCUAUCUCGGGUGGCUCGAGCGAGGAUACAUUUUCUGAGCUGAAGGGACUUGAAGGGAAGCGCGUCGGGUACGUUGGUACAGGCGCAACUGCUAUCCAGGCUGUGCCAGAGGUUGCGAAGUUUGCAAAAGAGCUUCUUCUCUUCCAAAGAACGCCGUCUCAAGUCAACUAUCGAGGUCAGAAGCCCACUGAUCCAAAAGAAUGGAGCGAACGUAUCGCUGCGGGCUUAGGCUGGCAGAAAGCUCGGAUGGAAAACCUGGCGCAGCAUCUCUCUCGAAAUCUUCCGGAAGGCACCGUCAAUAUGGUAGACGACGAGUGGUCGCGACUUCAAGCAUACUGUGCCGUUCUCGGAAGCGAGCGCUUCACUGGCCUGACCCCCGACAAGAUACCUGGAUACUUGAGUGAGCUACAAGCCUGGGAUGCGAAUCACAAUACCAAAGCCCGAGAACGCAUCUCUAACAUCGUUACCGACAAGUCUACCGCCGAAAGACUAACACCGUGGUACCCGACCUGGUGCAAGCGUCCUACCUUCUCAGACACGUACCUGCAAACUUUCAACAAGCCAAACGUGCACCUAGUAGACACAGAUGGUAAAGGUAUUGACGCCGUCACGUCCCAUGCCAUCAUAGCCAACGGUCAGGAAUACCCAAUCGAUAUCCUCAUUCUCAGCACAGGAUACAGAUCACCCGCCUACGGUGGCGGCGACCCGGCAGCACGUAAUGGCAUCGAUAUAAUUGGAAGAAACGGCCUAAAAAUGUCCGAAAAGUGGACAUCCCGGGGCGCGACGACCCUCCACGGCGUCUUCUCCCACGACUUCCCGAAUCUUUUUUUCUUCGCUAUCGCACAGGCGUCGGCUACUGCUAACGUGAAUCAUACGCUUGAAGUUCAGACAUCGCAUAUCAUUUCAAUUAUAUCACACUUUAGCCCACCGUCCGAUCCUCGCGAAAGAAAGGUCGCGAUCGAGCCGAGCGCGGAAGCGGAGGAGAUGUGGGCGAUGAGGUGUCUGAGCGGUGCAGCGUUCUUCAGCUCAGUAUCGGUGUGUACUCCCGGGUAUAUUACGAUGGAGGGCGACGCAAUGAACCAUAAGAGUCAAGAGGAGAUGAUUAAAGCAGGGAGGGGGUCACCAUGGAGCGCGGGCAUUGUACCUUUCGAGAGGAUGUUGGAAGGGUGGAGAGCAGAUGGGUUCGAUGGUGUGAUCACUGACGACGCAUAG